AUGAAACUUGCUUGUUGUGUAAACAAUUUGCUUAGUCGGAGUGGGAGGGUUUUGUCAUAUUCUUUCUUUGUGUUUGAAGUUCUUUUGUAUAUUUACAAGUAUUAUAACUUCGAUUUUGGAUCAGGUGCCUUCGUAGAAGAGCUACUCAUUCUAUUAGGCUGGUUUUCACAACCCAAUGUUGACUGUGAUCAGUUUUCUUCAUAUACUUUAGUUUUGGCGUGUGUCGGUGUAGGUAAUGUAGCUCAACUGUCAUGUGAUCUGUUAAUUCACAACCUAAAGUGUGAUUUUGUCAGUAGUCUGAACUUUAAGUACUGCCCAUCUGUCAUCGGUCUGGAUUCCAAUGGACACAUAAAUUCAGAAUCCAAUUUAAUGACGUCUUCAGAGAUCUACGCUAAUCCUAAACUCAGACUGGCCGUUUUACAAGUUCGGGCUCCUCCAUUCUCUGGUUGUAAGUGGAAGUAUGUCAAAGAACUAAUUCUUUUUCUGAAAACUGUCAAGUUCAAGACUGUAGUCUUGUUGUCCAGUAGUUUUGCUACUGUACUUAAGGAUAAAGAACUAAGUGCCGCACCACUGCAGUACGCUGUCUCUACCUCAUUCAAUGCUUCCGAUCGCAAAACUCUUGAAGAAUUGGGUUGGUACCCCCUCAAAAUACACGAUGAACAACUAGAUUACGAACUGUCUACUGUGAGUCACCUACCGGGUUGUGGGGUUGCCAGUUCUUUAUUUGAAAAAUUGAAUAAGUGUUGUGAAACACCUGUAUGUUUGCUGAAUUUUUUCACAUCUGAAGGCGACAACAGUGGUGAUGCACUUUACGUUGUGCGUUAUUUAGAUAAUUGGUUGCAGCUUACUGCACAGCUGAGUGGUAACAAGACAAGUUUUGGUUGGACUCCCCCACCCUCCUGGAACUUUUUAUUUGGGGACGAUCCUAUUAACGCACUAUACUAA